AUGGAGAAAGGCGAUGGCCGCGGCGGUUGGGGACGAAACAGGGGAGUGUGUUCCCAAAAGAGAGGAAUUGGUGAAGACGAUGAUUUUGGAGACUCUGCUCCCAACUCGAUCUCCUUUAAAGUCGAAGAAGAUCGUAGAGCCGCCGAAAACUGGAACCGGUUAAACUAG